UUGGCGAUGAGACGGAAAAGGUUUAUUACAGUGGGAAUCUUCAUUCUGACCUGCUAUUACAUUAGUGUGACAUUCAAGGAAUCAUUCUAUGUCGUCUUUGGUCAUCCCAAUUUUGUCAUCGCCUAUCCACUGGACAAUCUCGACUCGUGUCACCAACGUCUUCCAUUCUUGGAACGACAAAAAGUGGACGAGUCUGACAUAACCAUUGACAUUUUGGAGGAGGUUUUCGGAAAUUUAAGCUUACCUGGUGGUCACUUCCGUCCUAAAAAAUGUCCAGGUUUGGGAAGGACAGCCAUUAUACUACCGUAUCGAGACAGAAGGAAACACUUAGUUCAGUUCCUUUUUAAUGUACUGCCCAAGCUUCUUAGACAACAAAUUGACUUCACUAUUUUCGUAGUGGAACAGAGUGAAGGUUCCAGCUUUAACAGGGGGCUGAUGAGAAACGUUGGUUUCGUGGAAGCUAUGAAAACUGCCUCAUAUGACUGUUUUAUCUUCAACGAUGUGGAUACGGUCAUUGAGGAUGACCGCAACAUUUUCUAUUGUAAUCCAGAUAUGAUACGACAUUUGGUGUCCGGUAUUAGUAGGAAUAAGUAUAGAUUGCCUUAUCAAACACUCGUAGGUGGGAUCAUUGGGUUUACACCGGAGCAAUUUCAGAGGAUCAAUGGUUACUCUAACUUAUUUUUCGUAUGGGGUGCUGAAGAUGACGAUUUAUACCGAAGAAUAAUUGAUGAAGGUUACCUCAUAGAAAGACCUCCAAAUCCUAUAGGAAGUGUCACUACACUCACACACGUUGCAGAUCCGGUUUUAAAAGCUAGGUUAACUAUAUACAACUCUCUGGAGGGCUAUCACAAGUCCGAAGGACUGAAUACUUUAGAAUAUAAAUUAAUGAACUUCAAGAAAAUGAAACUAUACACCUGGAUGUAUGUAGACGUAAACGAGCAUAUCAUCAAAAAGAGAUUUUUUUAGACAUCAGAGAAGAUACGGAUAUACUAUUACGUCAUUUGCAAGAUAUCAUCUGUGAUAUGUAAAUAAAGUAUAUUAUAUUGAUAUAGUUUAAUAUAAACCAUUACAUGAGAUUUUGGGUAUAUACAGAUUUAUACCCACCAAAUGCUAUUCGUACCAGUCAUGAAUAACACGGCAAUAUCAUUAUGACGUCAUAUUUAAGAUUGACUGACUUAUUUGCUGUACAAAGACUUUUUUGAAUAUUUGAAAUGACUCGUUUGGUUUUCAUACGGAACGUUAUUUUUCGAUGCGAUUACAAAUAUCCCAUUUAUUAUCAAUAAUCAUUGAACUGUAAAUUUCAAGAUGGGGGAUUGUAAUUUUGGGCAGCGAUAUAGAGCUUUGUUGUGAUAGCAUACGUUCCCGAAAAUGCAUUUCAAGUAAGAGUAUCUAUCCCUAUUUUUGGUUACUCUUAGUAUUAAUUUAUGAUUGAAUUUGCAUUUUUAUUUCAUUUUCAACA